AUGGCAUGCCUCCAGGACGCAGCUAUGGCUGCCAUCGCCGCCACCUUUCGGGAGGGUGGCCCAGCUUCGCGGUCUAUGGCUACCGCUAUGGCCGUCCCCGGGGCGCUCACCGCGGACGUCGCCGCCCGUCUUGUCGAGUGGGCUGCCGCGCGCCGCGUGCUCUCUCUGCCGCUGCUCGAGGCUGUGAUCGCCACCGCGCUCCCGCUGCAGUCUCUGGUCAUAACGCCGCACCUUCUUGAUGCGCCACUCACUGCAGCUUCGCACGCCGCCACAACAACGUGGAUGUACUCGGGCGCGCCGUCGCCGAACCCUGCGACGGCCGCUGCGCCGCGCCUCGCCGAUGCGCUGCUCUCGCUCCGCAGCGUCGCGCAUCUCUCGCUCGCCAACAUUGACGCGACUCAUGGCGGUGUUGGCCGUGUUUUAGCCGCGAUUCUGGCGUCGCCGGCUGCGCCAGGCCUCGUCUCGCUCGACAUCUCGUUCUCAGACUUGGGUCCCGCUCUCUUUCAUGCUGCUGCUGCUGCUGCUGCUACUGACACGCCGCUGACGGCACUCCGCUCGCUCCGCUUGUACUACUGCUCGGAUUUAGCCGAAGACCAGCUGGCAGCGCUCCUCAAGCUCGCGCCCCAUCUCGUGGCACUCGAUCUCGGAUAUUCGGCCGAUGUAAGUCUGGCCUCGCUACUGGUGUCGCGGCUGGAGCGCGCGCCCGACAGUGCAAUCGCCCGUGUCGUCCGCCAGCUGGAGUGCCUCUCACUGUGCGGCCUCGAACUGACCGACGCCAUCAACUGUGUUUGUGACGAGCCUGUCGGUGACGUGGCCACCAUCGUCAAGCUGGUGCAGCGCGCCCCGGCGCUCACCUCGCUCUCGCUCGGUGGCAUUCGCUAUCUUGACGUCGCCGGUGCGUCUGCCAUUGUCGCCGCCACACACGCUCCGCUCUCCUCGCUCUCGCUGGCGUCAUCGUUUGUCCAGCUCUUGCCGGACUCGCCACUCGCUUCAAGCUCCCUCGCCCAUCUCACUGCUCUCGAGCUCCGCGCUAUCGCAUGGAUCGACGAUGCCUGGCUGGUGGCUUGGGCGGACGAGAUGGCUGCCGCCGGCGGUUGCCUCACAACACUCGGCCUGGCCAACACUAGCGUAUGUUCGGAAGGUGUCGCAGCCAUCGCUGCGGUCUCGCCGCGGCUAGAGAAACUUGAUCUCGGAUGGAGCGAGGUCGACGACGCCGCGCUCGACGCGCUCGCGCACGGCUGUCCGCACCUUAGCAUGCUGCGACUGCGAUGCUGUGAAGAGGUGACAUCGCCGGCACUGACUGCACUGGUGGCGGCAGCGCAAGAGCUUGUUGUCCUCGAUCUGGCGCGGAUGAGCGCCGUGACCGACGAGGUGCUCGCCUCGAUAGCGCCGUCAUGCACCCGGCUCGACGUCUCGUGGGCAAACGAGGUGACUGAUGUCGGCGUCGCGGCGCUUGUUCAGCGGUGCCAGGGCAUGCGCAUUAUCUCGCUGCAGGGCUGCAAGCAGGUUACGCUCGCCGGCAUGGGCCCGUCGCUCCGCACAGGCUGGCAGGACCUCGUCGCGCUCGAUGUCUCCUGCGUACCCGCCCCUGCGGAUCAUCUUUUACCACGAGACCGAUUGCGAGGGCAAUCCGCAGACGCUCAUGUCGUGGGGUGA